AUGUCCCAGACGCCCGAUACGACUGCCAAGGUUGGGAAGUGCGCCAGUACAGGGGUGGAGAUCUCCAUCUGCUACAACGCCUUUGGAGACCCCAAAGACCCGUGCGUUCUCCUGGUCAUGGGAAUGACGGGCGUCGGCAUGCUCUGGCGUGACGAGUUCUGUGAGAUGAUUGCCAGGAAUGGCUACUACGUGGUUCGGUACGACAACCGUGACGUGGGGCUGUCCACGCGCCUCACGGACUUCCCCGGGCCGCACGUGAUGCGCAUGCUGCUGCCACGCGCGCUGUCCUUCGGUGAGCGAAAUCCGUACUCACUGGAGGACAUGGCGGCGGAUGGGAUGAACCUCCUGACGGCGCUCGGCAUCGAUGCGGCGCAUGUGGUGGGGUGCAGCAUGGGCGGCAUGAUCGUGCAACUCAUGGCGAUCCACUACCCGACCCGUGUGCGGAGUCUGACGAUCAUUUUCUCACACACUGGCAACCCCGCACGAGUGCGGGAGGGCUGGAGAACAAAACUGGGCUUCCUCGACAGGCCGGCCAGCUCCUCGUUGGAGGAUUUGAUUGAAUUCAAGUGUUCUUUGAUGCGCCGCAUGGCAGGGCCCAACUACCCUCCAGACGCAGAGAAGUGCCGGCGCCUCGCGACACAGGUGCUGACGCGUGCGGCUGAGGAUCCCAUGGCUUUGCGCCGCCACCUCUCCGCGGUUCAACGGGCGAAGAGCCGCGUGGAGGCUCUACGAGGUUUGAAAACCCCGACGCUGGUGAUGCAUGGCAUGUGCGACGAGAUGGUUCCAUACCAAAAUGGCGUUGAGCUUGCGACCGUGGUUGGGCGCUCGGCGAAGCUGGUCUUGUUCCCGCUCAUGGGCCACUCCCUGCCAGAGGAGCUGUGGGGCGACAUUGCGCAGGAGAUCGUGUGGAACACGCGGCGAGCGGAUGCCAGUGCCUGA